AUGGGCUCCAUCCUCCAUGCAAUCCUGGCUGUGAAUGAGACCAGUGACUAUUUUCUGACAAACAGAGUACUGGAAAAGUAUUAUCUCUCCACCAUGUACAGCCUUGAGUUCAUUAUAGGUGCCAUUGGAAACACCAUCGUGGUGUUUGGCUAUGUUUUCUGCCUGAAAAAAUGGAAAAGCGGCAACAUCUACCUGUUCAAUUUAUCCAUAUCAGAUUUGCUGUUUCUGUGCACUCUGCCAAAUCUGGUGAACAGCUACUCCAAAGAUCAGUGGGCAAAGGAGAGCAUCCUGUGCCACAGCAACAGAUUCCUGCUGCACGCCAACCUGUACAGCAGCAUCCUCUUCCUCAUGGUUAUCAGCGUUGACCGGUACAUGCUGAUGAAACACCCCUUCAGGGACCACAUCCUGCAGAAGAGGAGCACAGCUGUUAUGGUGUCUGUUGCUGUAUGGAUCGGGGUGAUCCUGGAGCUGCUGCCUCUGCUGCAUUUCCUGGAGCCUAUAACACCUGACAAUAACUACAAGUGUCUUGACUACGCGAGCUCCGGAGACCCCGUGACAAACCUCGUCUACAGCAUGUUCCUGACCGUCUUUGGCUUCCUCAUUCCCCUGCUGACCAUGUGCUGCUUCUAUGUGAAGAUGGUUCGUUUUCUCCAGAACAGGAGCGAGCAGAUCCACUCUGCCCUGACCCUGGAGAAGCCCCUGACCCUGGUGAUCCUCACCGUGGUGAUCUUCUCCCUGCUCUUUACUCCCUACCACGUCAUGCGCAACGUCCGGAUCGCCUCCCGAAUUCCGGCCCUGAACGUCUCUGAGUGCACCAAGGGAGUCAUCAGCACCAUUUACAUCAUCACCAGACCCUUUGCCUUUCUAAAUAGUGCCAUCAAUCCCGUUUUUUAUUUCCUGAUGGGUGACCACUUCAGAGAGAUGCUGAUGGCCAAAACAAGACAGCUCCUGGGCAGGCUGACAAGCACUGGGAAGUGA